GCAGGCAGACACCACAGGCUCUGCCAGAAGAAAUCGGCCUUUGGAGGUGUUCUUUGGGGCGUUGCGCUUCACUGAAACUCUCCUGUCCCCAGACUUUGAAUUUCUUAUUCUGUGGAAGUUGUUUAUAGCUUGGGGGAUUCAGGAAGCUGCUUGCUCCCUAGAUCCUGGAAGCUCAGUGUCUGUGACCACCUAAGAGUUUCUGUUAUUUUUAAAAUAGGAGUGUCUACACCCAGUGGAGCACAGGAUGGUUCUCAGCGGGGCACUAUGCUUCCGAAUGAAGGAUGCGGCACUGAAGGUGCUUUACCUGAAAGAUAACCAGCUUCUGGCCGGUGGGUUGCAUGCAGGAAAAUUCAUUAAAGGUGAAGAAAUCAGUGUUGUCCCCAACCGGUGGCUAAAUGCAGAGCUCUCUCCAGUCAUCCUGGGAGUCCAGGGAGGGAGCCAGUGCCUAUUGUGUGGGAUGGAGCAGGAACCAACUCUGAAACUAGAGCCAGUGAACAUCAUGGAGCUCUACAAUGGUGUCAAGGAAUCCAAGAGCUUCACCUUCUAUCGGCGGGACACAGGACUCACAUCCAGCUUUGAGUCAGCCGCCUACCCGGGCUGGUUCCUCUGUACUGUGCCAGAAGCUGACCAGCCUCUCAGACUCACUCAGCUUCCAGAGGAUGCCAGCUGCAAUGACUCCAUCACAGACUUCUACUUCCAACAGUGUGACUAGGACAAGGCCCCCAGAAAAAUCAGGGCAAGACAAGCUCUGGCAGGAGAAGAGGGUGGAAAAGGUAACAAUUGACACCCCUUCUCUGUCCUAAGAGCCCCCACUUUCGUCUGAUUGAAUAUGUAGCCACUCUUUCUUCUCCUAGUUCCUGAUUGGGGUGGUGCUCAGCUGCAGUUUCCAUCCCAAGUGGGUGUUGCUACUGACAGUCUUGUGAAAACCACAGGCUAUAAACUGGAACUUACAUAAAAAGAUUCCUAAGAGGCCAGGGUAUCAAUUGUUAGGUGAGUUACCUGGUGUUUUUGAGCCCUGCAGGUCAACCAAUCCCCAUUUGACCUUUUAAUAACACUAAUUGUCCAAGCAAAGUCCUCUCAUUUGCCACUAUGUAGGGAGAGAAGGUAGUUAUAAAGGUAGGGACCCAUGGUUUUGUCCUCUCUCUUAUGUCUAAUUCAUGCUGCCUUUCCCUUUAUUACUCUCACAUCCCAGCCAUGAGCAAGAAAGGGUACCAAUGUUUGAAGAAAUGACUAUCUCAGAAGACACAAAAUGGGCAUGCCAGCCCUCUUAAAACCCAAGGUAAAAAUUAUAGUUCAAGUUGCUUAAAUCUGCUCUUCAUAUUUUAAGUGAGAAGAGUAAAUCACAAUGCAUAGGUUAUCAUUCCAUUUUAAUUUAGGAAUACCUAUGUAUAUUUUCCUGUACAGAAAAAUGUCUGGAAGAAUUUACUUCAAUUUUAGCAAUACCAGAUGGUCAUAUUAGCUAGAUUAUUUUUAUUGUUACUGUUUUCAUAUAUCUAUACUUAAUAUUUUUCUAUAAUGUGAAUGGACAGUAAAAAUAAGAAAAAGUUGCUUUGAAUUAAGUAGAGUGGA